CAGACAUGUCCCACGAUCGAAGCUUGGUCAGUGUCUGUCGCCUCCAACAGAGAAAGCCAGCCAUCCUAAUACCAAAGACCCAGAAGGAGCCUUCGAUUGAAGUCUAGAUAUAUCAAACAUCAUCAGCAAACUCAAUCAUCCUAAAACUUGAGAUCGUACCACCAUUAUCAAAACUCUAGCCGAUAUGGGGCUGUUUGGAAAAUCAACAUCGACAGAGGGCGCGGGCGCCGAUGAGCCCAAGAAGUCUCUCUACCAACGCUAUCAAGACAAGAAGAGCGGCCGUGACACCCAAAUUUCAGACGAGGAUCUCCAAAAGUACACCGGCAAGACCAAGGAUGAGAUCAACGACUGGGCUAAGGAUCGUCCUGGCGUCGCAGGAAACCGGGCUGCAGGGACACUCACGGCGGGACCCGCUUCCGGCUUUGGCGGAAUGGCGACAGCGGGUGGCUACGGUGGAUGGGGAACGGAUGCUGGAUCGGAUCCAAAGCAUCCGCCGCCGCAGAAGGAGCGGAAGGAGGUCGACGACUCCGAGUAGCUGCAUUAAGGGAGGGCCGCGAUAGUUGCGAGAACGAGAUGUUAUUAUUAGAAAUGUCAAGCAUCAUCAGAGAAGGAGUGAGGGGUCAACAACGAAGAGACUUGAAGGAUCAGGGCAGUUAAACACGAGCCUAUCAACGGCGCGGGACGGCGGAACUUUCAGUUCAUCCGGAAUAGUUUUAUGAUCUGUCUCAUGAAAUAAUACAAUCGUGUUACUAUCGUC